UAUCGUCACGGCUGUCAAGUCCCAUAUGAGCCUAGCUGUAUAGUCGGCGUCUACUCUAGAGGGCUCAGCCAGUCGAAAAGCCUCAGUAGAGGUUAUACUAGUCUAACGGAAAUGGAGCUUUCCUCACUACUCGGCUAGUUGAUGUAUUGACAUAGCGAUUUUCAAUUUCCCUCCCGCUUCCGGUGCUCCUCAAGUACAGAGACGUAUAAGUAGGCAGUAGUGAGACCUCCCAAGAUGGAAAGCUUUCUCUUUAGCCUCUCGUCGCUCGUUUCUACGCUCGCUCAACUCUUACAGUUCCAAGCCUGCUUCGUGCGGACUAGUCCUUCUUUUUGUCCCUGUUAGAGUGUGUUUUCAUCAUCACCAUGAGGUUCGAGGCCAUCCUUGUUGCCCUUCUCGCGAGAGAAGCGGCCGCCAAGUGCAAGUCGGUUUUCCCGUCUUCGUCUUCGUCUUCCGCUUCCGCUUCCGCUUCCGCCAGCUCUUCGAGCUCGGCUUACGAAGGAUCCUACCCAGGACUAUCAACUUCGUCAAGUGCCUCCGCCACGGAGCCCUCGUAUGCUACAAGCUCGGCUUCGGAGUCAUCUUCGUCAUACCCGGCUCUUCCCACUUCGUCGAGUACCAUCUCUUCGUACGACCCCAGCUCGACCUCUAGUGUCUAUGACCCGUCGACUAGCUCGAGCGUUUCCUCAUCGGAAUCCUCAUCUGCUUCCUCCUCGGUGACCUCGUCAGAGUCUUCGUCGUAUACGACUUCAUCAGUGUCAUCGUCAGAGACCUGGUCAACAACCUCUUCAGAGUCCUUGACCUCGUCUACGUUGACCUCUUCGUUGACUACUUCUACGCCGUCCGCGUCGGAGUCUUCAUCGACCUCCUCGUCUACUUCCUCAUCAACAUCUAGCACCGUCUCCAGCACGACGUCAACUUCAUCGUCCUCUGCUUGCCCUACGCCGACCUUCGUUGCUGGCACCGGCUCCUGCCAGUGCUCUUACGAUGUCUACAAGGGAUAUGGUCUUACCGGAACUUCCAUUGGCGAAAACUAUGGCCUCUCUUUCAACGACUGUCUCAAGUCUUGCGACAAGAGCUCCAAGUGCACCAGCUUCAUGUACAAGAACCUUGUCUGCACGUACUACAACAGCCGCAUCAACGAGGGUACUACUACCCACGCUGACCUUUUUGCAAAGAGUGGCUCCUUGAUCCUGGGAAGCUGCCGCGGUACCUGCUCGUCUCCUAGCAAGCUCCCUAGCUACAAGGCUCCGGUUAUCGAGGACCCCUCAACCUGCCAGACCACCUAUGCUAAGAAGCCCCCUUCCUACAUUAGCACCACCCUGUACUCCACUACUGUUACUUCCACCGACUUCGUGACCGCCACCAGCACCGAGCAGACCACCACUGUCCCGACUGUGCUUACAACCACCACGGUUUUCACCACUGAGAUAUCUACUUCGACCGAUGUACAGGUCACUGACACCUUUUACACCACAUCCACCGAGUAUACCACGUCCACGGAUGUCGAGACCGUUGUUGACACCUCCACCGUGGUUAUUACCAACACGGUCCCUGUUGCUCCUACCACAACCACCAUCGCCGCCGCUGCUGGAUUCACCCCCAUCAAGUCCGCCCUCCCCGGUGUUGUGGCGAGAUCUGCCAAGCGUGUUGCACGUGGACGCACUAUCUCUUCCACUUGUGCGGACCCUACCCCAGUCCUCAACGACGGAGAUGUCGAAACCUACGCGACCGCCGUCGCCUGUGGUACCACUUUCUCCUCCACCAUUGUUUCCACCGCCACGACCACUACUACGGUUGAGACCAUCACUGGCGACCCCACCACUGUUAUUGAUACUUCAACUAGUACUAUCUUGACCACCACAACUGUCGUACCUACCCCCGUUGAGACCACCGUGACCGACUACACCACGGAGACCGUCAUGACCACCUCGUACGUGCCCAGCACCACCACAACCGAGACCACAACUCAGACCACCGUUACCGUUGGUGCCACACCCACCGUCUACGCUCAGUGCAUGGCCAACAACAUGGCAUCCAGCGUCAGCGGACAGCGCAUCAACAAGUUCUCGGCGUCCUACAGCCAGGUCGACCACGGUGUCGUCACCGACGCCUCUGCCUGCUGCAUGCUCUGCGUGAACGACUCCCACUGUGGUGGUUUCGGUUACCAGACCUCCGGCAAGUGUAUCACCGUCAAGGACUCCGGCGUCUGCAAUGGCUCCAAACAGGCCGCCACCAUCGGCCAUCUCUACUUCGGCGGCACCAGCUACGACUACGUCGGCAACGGUGCCUGUGGUCAGGCUAAGAACUAAGGGGUGGUCCCCUACUCCUCGAAAGAGUUAUCUUUAUGGGUUGGAACUAUUUAAGUUAGAACUUAAUGAAGCACCUCAGCUGGCGGCGCACAUAACAUCCAGCGGGACCUUCAUGCUAUACCUAAUGUAUGUAAUGUUAAAUUAAGGGAGUUAUAUAGUCUCGGUCAUGAUACGAAGCGAACUUAGUAUUAUCUGUAUAUAAUAUUAAACUUAAUUAUUUGCCUCACAUUAAGAAUGAGGGCAAAGACACGUCACGCAAA